GUUAUUUUAGUAUUUUGGUGGUGAGUGUUGUCGUUUGAUUGGUUGUUUGGUUGAAAUAUUUUUGUUGAUGCUCAUCACACUUGGUCAUGAACGUUGUUUUGUUCACUCUCCGUUUCUUUCCAUAACAAUUAUAUUCUGCUUUGCACCCAUUUUGAUUCUUUCUUCUCGAAUUUGUUGGUGUGAAAAUUAAAUUUCGAAUUUUCGGUUUUGUUAUGAAUGAUGGGUGCUAGGCAAAGUACAACAACAGCCGCAAGUAAUGAUAAUAGCCCAUCGAGAAUAAUAAACCAAAGUGACGAUAAUAAUUCUCCAAGCAACAUGGGUAAUAAUAGUUCAACAUAUUCCACACCAUAUAGAAAUGGCCAUCGGUCUAAUACCGAAAACAAUGAUGACAUUUUCAACCAUAGUGACAGUAAUCAUUCUUCCCGACAACGUACCAGAAGUCUAGUGUUGUCCGGUGGCAGUGCUAGUGAUCAUAUAACAACAACCUCCGGCAAUUCACGGCGCUCAUCAUCCAGACCAUCGCAUUCGAGUGCCAUUGAUUUUCUCACAUCGAACAAUACAUCCUCAUCAUCCUCAUCACAUGAUAUUCUCUCGAAUGAUUUGGACAUCGAUAUUGGUCUUUCAUCAUUGUCGUUUAUGCCUUUUUCACUUCCAAUUAUUCCAUAUAAUUAUAAUCAUGUCAAGUGUUCAGGCUGUUCGAAAAUUAUUCUCAAAGAUGAACUACAGUUUCAUUUAAUGUGUUAUAAACUUCCAUUCAAUUAUAAUGAGGAUGUACUCACCGAAGACAAAGGAGAAUGUGUAAUUUGUUUAGAAGAUAUGCUGAAUGGUGAAAAAAUAGCUCGUCUUCCAUGUCUGUGUAUAUAUCAUAAAAAAUGUAUCGAUGCUUGGUUCAAUGUUAAUCGAUCGUGUCCGGAACAUCCAACCAUAACAGUCUAAUGCGGACCAAUCGGGAAAAUAAUCUGUGAAUUUCGUCUCAUUUCUAAUACUUACAUAACAUUAUCAUGAUGAGAAUAUUUAAUACAUUUUCUUUCUAAAUGAUUGUGAUAUCAU